GUCUUAGGGAUAGGUACUGAAAUUCACUUAGAUUUUGGUUAAAUGUAUUUUCCACUUUCAUAUUUGUUGGGUACUAGACAGUAACAAUAACAACAAAGAAUCCUCGCAGCAGAAUCACUGGGUGGGUUGUAUUUGCAGCGAUUGGCAGCGUUUUAUUGGCCUUCUUGUAGAAGCUCUAUUGGCAACAGUUUUGUGGAGAAAGUGAGAGUAAACGUAGAGCUGGGCUUUCCUUUAAGUAAAAUCCAGCAGGACACGAUUGGUUUGGCGCUUUCACUGACCAGAAGUUCUCCUUCUGCAGAAAUCAAAGCGCUACGUGAUGGCCUUCGGUUUUGUGGGCACAACUUCCUUACUUGUCAGUCCUGUUUAUGCCGCUGGCUUUCCGUGGCAGCGCUGGGUACUGGCGUGCAACAUCACUUCUUCCUUCGAGCUUUCUGUGUGCUGAGCUAGCAGGAAGCUUGCUGCUGGGGGAGAAGAGCCCAGCUUCACAACUGUCUUCUCCCAGUGCUGGAAGGUUGUGGUACCUUGUGGACGCUAAACUUUCUCUUCUGUGGUACCCUCUGGGUUUGAGCACAAAAGGAAAGGCUGUCUUAAUUUUGUUUUCAACAUCUGUGUGAAAAAUGCUGUGCUGAUAAGCGCAGAAGAUAAAACGUGAAGCUCUUAUUUUGGCGAUUGUUGCUGUGUUAUAUAUUCUUAGUUCCGUCUUCAUUCCACAUGCUCACUGUUCUGGAAUUGCUAAGUCCCACCCUUUCAUCCAGAAGGUGAUGCUGGAAACCUGUAAUGAAUUGUUUUGUUUUUGUGCCUAGAUCUCUUUGAGGUGGGAUACAGUAAGAUGGCAAGUGUUUGCUUCUUCUUAGCAGCUUGUUCUGUUAAAAUGUUUUCAUUGGUUUUUUAUUCUGUGGAUUUUUUUGCAGCUGUGCUGAACAAGUAUUUAUUUGCUUUCUAUUAUUUAAAAUAUACGUUCAGAGUGAUGUCUUGCUGUAUGGACUUUGCUUUGAAAUGUUCUGGGGUAGUGAAUUGGCUGAAUCCGUGUUUAACUCUCCAUAUUAAGUUAGCACUGAAUUUUAUUGCAGUUUCCCUGAUAUACUUCUUAGAAGACAAGUUUCUUCCAGCUUUCUACAAGUGGGGCAUGUUCCGUGGUAUUUUUUGAGGCAAAGAGGACAUAGUUCUUGUCUGUUUAGAAUUUGUGGUAAGUUUAAUCAGAAAUCUAGAAACUGUGUAGAGCUGUUGCUCAUCAGACUGUCAGAAAGCAAGAGUAGGAGAAAAAGGAGUACGUCCAAAAUUCAUGCUGCGGUUUCGAAAGGUAGAAAAGUUCCUUGUUACCAUUUGAGAUGUAGAUUAGUGAAUUGUACCUACACCAUCAUAGCCUUCAGUCUAAUCUCCAAGGAAGACUUGUGUAGCUACCCAGAAAGACAAAAAAAAAACUUGACGCAAUGAAGCUCCAUGUAUAAUGCAAAUAGCUGUUUGAUUUCACUGUUUCAUGGUAUCUCCUUUCCUUAAUGAUAGGAUUCACUGACAGUUUUUUGCUUCUGCUUUCGAGCUUGCAGUCUCGAGAGAUGAAAUAUUUAAGAUGAAGAUGUAGUUCUUGUUAUGUCUGCCUUUCUGCUAGCUUUGGUUAUUGAGAAGUUGUGUGCUGACGAGCAUGGAAACUAUUUCUACACUUCUGAUACACUACUGAGCCUAGUAGUCGGAUCGGACGUGGUCCAGGGGAGUCAGUACUGCCCGUUAGGUUGAUUCUGUUUGUGCUUAAAGAGCCUGGAGUAACAGAACUGCCCGCUGUAGCUGCUGUUCUGUGACAUCUGAGAAAUGGAACGGGAGAGACUUCUGGCUGGGGCCGGUCCUGCUGCAGGGGACGGUAUGUUAGAGCUGCUGGAGCCAGAGUUUGUGGAAAGAGUGUUGAGCAGACAGCUGCGUGGCUCUUCGGCAGAGCUAAAACGUCUCUGAGAUACUCUUCCAUUUGUCAAGAUGGAGAGCUCAGAUUCUAGUGAUAAAGGAAAUAUCGAUCAAUCCGAAGCACAACGUCAGAGUCAGCUAGAUCGGUUAGAUCGAGAAGAAGCUUUCUAUCAGUUUGUAAACAACCUGAGUGAAGAGGACUACAGGCUUAUGAGAGAUAACAAUUUGCUAGGAACACCAGGUGAAAUUACUGAAGAAGAGUUGCUGAGAAGGCUACACCAAGUUAAAGAAGGUCCGCCACAGCAAAACAGUGAUGAGAAUAGAGGUGCAGAGUCCGCAGAAGAUGUUUCAAAUGGAGAUUCUAUAAUAGACUGGCUUAAUUCAGUCCGACAGACUGGAAAUACUACACGAAGUGGGCAACGAGGAAACCAAUCUUGGAGAGCAGUGAGCCGGACUAACCCAAAUAGUGGUGACUUCAGAUUCAGUUUGGAAAUAAAUGUCAACCGUAAUAAUGGGAACACAAAUCCGGAAACUGAGAAUGAGCCAUCUGUAGAGCCUUCCAGUGGGGAGGAUUUGGAAAACAGCCAAAGUGACUCUGAAAUUCCAAGGUCUGAAUCACCGUCUGUAAGGCAGCCUGGAUCAGAAAGGGGCACUUCAGAGGAGCUAACAACUGAGGAAGCCUCUUCUCCUAGAGGGCAGAGGAGAGCGAGAAGUAGGAGCCCAGAACAGCGGAGGACACGGGCUAGGACUGAUAGAAGUAGGUCACCUAUUAAUCCAGUGAGUGAGGCUACUCGCAGGUCUCAUCACAAUACAUCAUCUCAAACGCUUGACCAUUCCUCGGUGAAUGAAGCUGAGGGAAGCUCUAGAACUAGGCAGCAUGUGACAUUAAGGCAGCAUACAGUGGGGACUGAGAUGCCAAGUGAAAACGCAGUUCUGUUUUCAGCCCCUGAAACAAGACCUGUUCCUCAAGCAGCAGGUUCUUCAGAAACUAAUGGUGCCAGUGAGUCUGCAACUCCUGGGCAGAGGCCUCCUACCAUAGUGCUUGAUCUUCAGGUGAGAAGAGUUCGUCCCGGAGAGUAUCGGCAAAGGGACAGCAUAGCCAACAGAACUCGGUCCCGGUCCCAGACCCCUAACAACACGGUCACUUACGAGAGCGAACGGGGAGGGUUUAGGCGCACGUUUUCACGUUCAGAACGGGCUGGAGUGAGAACUUACGUCAGUACCAUUAGGAUUCCUAUUCGUAGGAUCUUAAACACAGGCUUGAGCGAGACUACAUCAGUUGCUAUUCAGACUAUGCUGAGGCAGAUAAUGACAGGCUUUGGAGAGCUGAGUUACUUUAUGUAUAGUGAUAGUGAUGCAGAUCCUAGUGGCCCAACUCCAAAUCAGAACGUGGAUGCUUCCGAGCCACAGAACGGAGGUGGUAGUAGUUCAAGCAAUGAAAGUACGGAUGUUAGCUCAGGGGAGGUGUACGAAGGUGGUAAUGAAGGUGGUUCAACAUCUGGUGCCAGACGGGAAGGUCGCAAUACAAGAGGAUCGGUCACGUUUGAAGAAAGUGGUUCUCUACCAUUCCUUAGCCUAGCACAAUUUUUCCUACUAAAUGAAGAUGAUGAUGACCAACCAAGAGGACUCACCAAAGAACAAAUUGACAACCUAGCAAUGAGGAAUUUUGGUGAGAGCGAUGCUCUGAAAACCUGUAGCGUGUGUAUUACAGAGUACACCGAAGGCAACAAGCUUCGGAAACUGCCUUGUUCUCACGAGUAUCAUGUCCACUGCAUCGAUCGCUGGUUAUCAGAAAAUUCCACUUGUCCCAUUUGUCGCAGAGCAGUCUUAGCAUCUGGUAACAGAGAGAGUGUUGUCUAAAUGAGAUCUGAAUUUAUGGCCAAGCAGCUAGUGUAAUAGUGAUGGGCAAAGAAGUCACUUCCUUUAUGGCCACUUUUUGAGUGGUACCUCAUUGUAUAGUAAUGACUUGGAGUGAAUCUUCCCUCAUGAGAGCAUUUUCUCUGUAUUCAAGCUUCUAAAAUUGUAAAAUUAAUUAGGGGUUUCGAGAUCUAGCCAGUUUGUGUGAUUAAAUUUCACUUGUCCAAAGACGCCUAUCCAUUUAAAAAUACUUUUUUCUUUAUGAAGUUCUAGCCCCUUCCUUCCCUCAGUCCAAUAAACAUUUUGUCCUAAAGAUUGUGCUUAUGAGGAAUCUGAGAAGUCAUCCCAGCUUAAUGUACAUGAGUGGUAGAUGAUUUUUUGCAAAAAAUCCAACUGACUGAAAAAAAAAUAACACGAAUUUAAUUGCACACUUGAACAUACUUUUAAUUUUCAUACUGGGUUAAUAUUGGACAUGUCUGUGUAAAUAACACUAAUGUUAGCCCUUUCCCCAUCACUAUGGCACGCUGUAGGAUGAGCUGUUAGCUUAAUUGGGAUAUUUAUCUUGUUGUGGAAAUAUAAGAAUUGCCUAUGCUUGUUUAAAUAAAAAAAAAUCUGUUUUAAAAUUGUAAAGCUUUUUUGUAGAAGCUCAGUACUUUUCCAAUGCACUGUUGUACUAACGCAUUAAGAAUUAAAAUUGUACCAUGCUUAGAAAUCGAGAAUGCUUUUCAUACAAAACCCACCACACAGAGAGCAAACUAAAUACAAGAGAGCUGCUUUUGUAACUGUGUGCCUGUCAAGAGCAGUGCAUAUCUGUACUAUUUAUGUGAAAAGCUACUGUAAUAUAAAAACGGUUGAAUUAGACAUCUUAAUUGCAUUUAAAAAAUGGAAAUUAAAUGUUUAUAAUUGCAGUGUUUUGGCUCAGUAAUGCCACCCAAAAAGAUGAUAAAAAUUAGAAACUGUUCUAAUGGCUGUUUUUUCUUUAUAUGGUUACUAAUAUAUAAUAAUAUAAACCGGUGUGUACCAGAUUAUUCCGUGAGGUUUAUGCCCAAUCUUUGCAUUUUUUACUUUGAAGUUUGAGGUAACCCUGUGUGAUUCUUCAGCAGACAAAUAGUGACUCCCCCCCCUCCACCAUCAGCUUCAGCAAUAUUAGUAAUCUCUGCAUCUGUUCAGUGAACGUGAUCUAUCCAGUGUUGGUUCGAGUGCUACAGAAAAAUAAGUAUUAACUGGGAGAGAUUAAUUAUUAGAGUGCUACAUUAAAUUUGGAGAUUAUAAUUGAUUACUGGAAUAUAUGUAAUCUUAUUUUUAAGAUUGGCUACACAUUCAAAAAAUACUCCUUAUACUCCCAUUGGAACGACUAAAAAUUACCUUUAGAAGUAUGUUUGUGGCACACUGAAAUGGAGAACCAGAAAAUGUGUUGCUGCCUCGACGUCAUCCUGAGCAACCUGCUUGGGUGGCCCCGCUCGAGCAGGGGUUGGACCAGAUGGACCCAGAGGUCCCUGCCAACUGCAGCCAGUCUGAUCCUGUACCUUAACUCAUCAGUGUCAGGGGAAAGCGUCCCUGCGCUUCAAUGAGCUGUCUUUGUUUUAUUCUCUGUUGUUGUUUUUUUUUCCCCCUAGCUUAUGUCUGCAACAGGGAAAGCAGUAUUUCUUUCACCUCCAGAGUGGUAGUUGCAAAGGGAUAUGAACUGCUCUUGCUGGCUGUAAGGGAAAUGUUGCGUGCUCCUCAGAUGAUAAAACCAAAGCUAGCCUAUCUUUUUUUUUUGCCUAAUUAAAAAACAUUUUUGAUGUUUUCUAGUGGUGGUUGCAUAAAAUACAGUCUCUGCUCUAAGCCAUUUUUAAUGUCUCAUCAGUUAAGGAUUCCACUAUGUCCCAAAAUUCCAAAUUUUUAAUACGUGUGCAUUUUGUAGUGUUUGGUUCAGUGGGAAACCCUGACUGGCUAUUGAGUUUGCUUUCCUCCUGGUGGGACACACCGUCAUGGCACAGGGAAUACAUGUUUUUUUGGGAUUUUGUUUAUUUUUAACAGAGGAAUAAAUAAGCUCGUGCUCUUAAGUUUUUCCCUCUGUGACAUGCAUCGCUCUAAAAUUGGAAGUUAGUUAUUAAUUUCAGGUGCUGGACUCGUGAAUGUAGGUAAUGUAUUUGAUGCCAAAAUUUCUUCAACAAAAUAACACUUCUGAAUUUUUUCCAGUAGCAUUCACAUAGCAAAUACUUGCUACUGGUUGCAGUUUCCGGUAGCUUUAUUGACUUACUGGAGCGUAGAAUCAGAAGGAAAAAAAAUCCUUCUCCACAUGAAUGCCAUUUUAGAUUUUGAAAACCUGACAUACAUUUCUGAAGACUAAGCACAGUGACCAGAAAGAAAGGAGCCCAUUAGUGCUACUUAACGUGAGGCACGGCUGCGAUGCGUGUCAUUCAACAUAGCUUUCUUUUUUAAUGUUCUGAGUUUCCAGUAACUGUACCCUUUGGUAGGCUGAACUUCACAGUUUUGUUAUAGCUUAAUAGUGGCAUGCCUUAACAUUUUAUCUUUCUGUAAUGAUAGCAACUAAUAAAAUGUUGGAGGUUUCCCAAAUGGUACCAAGAGCAAAUAAUUUAACCUCAGUUGAGAAGCCCUUGAGUGUUCUCAAUGUUUUACACGCGUUUUCCAAUGCUGAGUGUACUGAGGGUGCUAGGUGCCCAACGUCUGGAAGAGUUGGCAGGAAUUAAAUUGCUGAUACAAUGAAGAGCUCCUUGUGUAGCUGAGUCAUCUGUCGUCCUCUGCAGUAGUGCUGGGGAAGAGCAGUGUCCCAGCUGCUGGGAGCUGCAGCCAAAAGCUCGGUGGUGGCCACAAACGCCUUUGUAUCGUACCGCAUCCACAAACCCCGCGCCUUCUGCGGGACGGUUGUAGGGCUGGGAUCUGGCAAGAGGAAUUCCCAAGUGCUGCUGCAGUUUACCCUAAUAUCUUGAGGUAAUUCCAUUUCUGUCCUUUUAAGGUUAUGUUGCAGUUAGGAAAAGUCAGUGUUUCUACUUCGGUUGCUAACAAAAAGUGAAAUGCACUAAUUUUAAAGGCUCGCCGUUAGCCGAUUUUGCAGUUUAUGUCAUUAUGGUAUUGAGAUUUCGUACGCAUUGCUGCCCUCGGUUUACUCUUUCUUGGUAUUACAGGCGGGAUGCAGCACCUUUACUCACGCUUAUAGCCAUAUGAAAGGUUAAAAUGUCCAUUUUUGUGAUUUUGAGAUGCCUGCUCGUACAGAAAAGAGAAGUAUAGAGGCAGAGGCAGCCUUGUUGCGGCAGCUGCCUGGUUCGUAGUGCCACCUUGUGGGAGCCUCUCUUACCCUUCCUUCAGAGCCGGCACAAAUCUCCAUCUCGUCACUUGGAGCAGCCUGGUUUCUUGCAUCGAAGGCUUGCGCUUUGUUUUUGAAGGGGAUUCCCUGUUACCGCCUGCCUCUGCCUGCCUCCGUAGUUAUCGUGGUGUUUCUUUCAAACGGCAAACCACCCAAGCUGCUGUUGUGAGCGCUUAUCUGGUGGGUGAGCUGAAUUCCUGUCUUACAGGACAGCUCUCUGUCUGCAGGACCUCCAUACACAGCUGUGAAAGCAGUUGCGAGGCCAAAACCUGGAAGAACGGAUGGUAUUUUUUUAAUUAAGAGUAUGUUUGAUAGCUUAACUCAAAUUGCAAACUGAUACAGAGUUGUGGGUGCUUACUUUUUUUUUUCUUUCUUUCUUUAAAUUAGGGCUUUAUCCAUUAAAAGACUGUGAAGACUUAUUCCUGGGGUUUGUUAGAUUUCCUUUUUAUGUGCACUUUUUUUUUUUUAAUCACUUACAAGAGGUUGUUUUUUUUUUUUUUUUUUUUUUUUUUUAAAGAACUUGUAGGCAGUUAAUUGACUCAUUUUAAAAAUGAUUUCAUUAGUGUAGCUACCGCAUGCAUAGAAAUUACUCAUUAAAAGUUUAAAGACUUUUGGUAGGAAGUAUUAGCGUGCAUGCGUAGCAGCUGCACUAACACGAUACUGUACCAGUUUUGAAGGAGCCAUAAUUGUCCAUUGUGUCAGCUUGCAAACUAAUGCAUUUCCCACUAAUGUUGACACAAUGGACCAUAAUGACUGUCAUCCCAGUUUCCUGUCAGUUAGCUGGAUUAUGCAAAUACGUCGCGUCCAAAGGGCUGUUUCCCUGUCUAAUUGCAGGGGAUGUUUAUCUUGCAAGGGUUGCCUGCACAAUGGGGAGGCUCCACGCCGUGUAAUGAUAACGAGGGGCUGACUAGAAGACGAGGGAAGAGGCAGUGGCACAGCUGGCCGUGGGGCUGUGACUUUUGGCACUGCCAGGUGGCUUUUUCUGAAUCUCCCAACGCAAUCUUUGCCACCACACUGCAAGGUUCACCUGGUUGGUGUAAGCUGUGGCCUUAUCUUUGGCUUGAGAUCCUUUUCAUUACCAUAACAUGUACAUAUGUAAAAGUGUCCAAUAUUUUGGUUUUCUCCCCAUCAUACCGCAGGGACUCGUUGCUUGAUGAGGGUGUGUAGUCAAGUGUUGGCUCGGAGCCACAUUAAGGGAAUCUGUAACAAAUUCAGAAAUAUUUCCAAUCUUUGCAUACGCUAGCCUGUUUGUUUUUUUGUUUUUUUUUUGUUUGUUUGUUUCUUUGUCCUUGACUAGGGAGGGAAGGAGGAAGGUGAAGAGACAGAACUGAUGGUAACUUACCCAAAGUCUGUGUUGUGUUAAAAAAGAAAAUCAAUUUGCAUUUGUUAUACCAGGGCUUCCCAACCUCUUUUUGAGAUGUCUUUUAACUAUACUUUUGGGUUUGUUUUGAUUAUUUUAUGUGGUUUUGGUCCCUUCAGCUAAAACACCCAACACCCCUUCCUGAAUCUCCCUCUCUGCCAGUAUGGCUAUCGGUUGGGAAGCCCUGAAUUCAACUGAGAAUGUAACAGUUUUCUUUUUUUUUUUUUGUACAGUGCUUUACAUCUGUUUAUACUGAACUUGUUUAGUACAAAAUGGUACUCUGAGGUCAUCGGACAACAGUUCGACCAGAUUUGAUAGUUAAUAUUUAGGAGGAGUUUGUUCCCUAUGUAAGAUGUCAUAAUGCAAAUUUAAAUAGACUCAAUAAAAUGCAUGACGUGA